AUGACUUUGACAGGUUUGAAGAAACACGCCGGAGAAGCCACACUGAAUAUCACUCCCAAACAAUCCCAGUUCUUCGAAUAUGACCGCAUCGCGCUCACCUGUGUGUCAAACUCCAGCGGCUGGACGGUCAAGAGAUCAAUUAACAACCAACCUCCGCAGGAGUGUAAGUACGGCUGGGGGAUGCCCAGCGAAUCAUCCUGCAUCAUUGAGAACGCUUACCCAUCUGACACUGGUGUGUACUGGUGUGAAUCUCAGCGAGGAGAAUGCAGCAACAGGGUCAAUCUCACUGUAGCCGCUACAACAGUGAUCCUCGAGAGCCCUGUGGAUCCUGUUUUGGAAGGAGAACAUGUGACACUUGCUUGUUCCUACAAAGAAGAAAAUGAUUACAGAUCUACUUCAGACUUCUCUGCUCAUUUCUACAAAGAUGAGGUUUUCAUUGGGACACUGAAACCAGGGAAACUGAUCAUAAAAGCAGAGGAAGGUUUCUACAAGUGUCGACAUCCUUCUAAAGGAGACUCACCAAAGAGCUGGCUGGCAGUCAGAGCUAGAGUUAAGCAAGUUGAAGUCUCUCCUCCUACUCCUCCUCCUCCUCCUGAUAUACCUUGGACCAGGGUGAUUUGUGGCAUCCUGCUCUUCAUCCUCUACAACUUCAUACUUAUCUUGUGCAUAUGGACGUACCGCAGGUGGGCUCGAGACCGAGCUGAUGUGGAGGGGAUGGAGCCUGAACUGAAGACAAUGAGAUGAGAAACCGGAAUGCGAAUGUUAAAACAAAACAAACUGGGUAAUUAGCUGAACAAUAUUAAAGGGAUCGAGUGA